CACCACAAUCACAUAAAAAUCCAAGAUUUUAUGCUUCACAGUUGAAACCCAGUUCUUAAUCAUGGCGGAAAAUGGCGAAGAGAAGCUCAUUGCGGUGGCCCGUCACAUAGCAAAAACACUGGGUCAUACCGAUAACGCCAUGACAGAUGAUAUACUGCAAAUUUUCUCCAACUUUGAUGGAAGAUUGAGGGAAAAGCUCAAUGAAAACAUUUCCGGCAACGACGGGGGAGCUGCACUAGAUCAGACUCUAAAAACCCUUGACCGGAGAAUCUCCAGAUUCAUCACCGUUGACCAGCCUAUAUGGUCUGAUUCUGCUGACGCUUCAUCGUUCCUUGACGCCGUCGACGAACUAGUUUCCGUGAUUCGUGAGUGGAAUGCCAUGGCCGACAACAAAGCUGUUACGUCUUGUCUUGAUAGAGCUGAGGAUUUGCUUCAGCAGUGUAUGUUUCGGCUUGAGGAGGAGUUUAAGCUGCUAAUCGAACGUGGUGGCGCUGAAUCUUCCGAUAACGUCGCCGGUGGUGGUGUUGGGGGUUAUUCAGAUUCCGAUGACGAAGAAGAUGACGGAUUCGAUGAUGUAGAUAUUCCGGUAGCGCAUCUGGUAUCGGAUUACAACAUCACGAUCGACGCGCUUCCGUCUGGUACAAUCAACGAUCUACACGAGAUCUCGAAGAGGAUGGUGGCCGCCGGCUACGGGAAAGAGUGCUCGCUUGCUUAUAGUACCUGCCGGAGGGAUUUCUUAGAAGAGAGCCUCUCUAGAUUAGGGUUUUUAGGGUUACAAAAUUCGAGUAAAGCUCUUGAAGACGAUGACAACGAUGUCGAAAUCGAGAAGUGGAUUAAAGUAAUUAACAUGGCGGUUCGAGUUUUUUACCCAAGCGAGCGACGUCUAUGCGAUCGCGUCUUCGGUUACUCCUCCGCCACCGCCGCCGCUGCCGAUCUCUCAUUCAUGGAUAUAUGUAUGGUUUCCACCAUGGAGCUGCUAAAUUUUGCUAACGGAAUCGCGAUGGGGAGCAGAGCGCCGGAGAGGUUGUUCAAAAUUCUCGAUGUAUACGAAGCCGUGAAAGAUCUAUCGCCGGAAUUCGAGGUAUUAUUUUCCGAUCAAUAUUGUUUGUUCUUAAGAAACGAAGCCAUAGGAGUCUGGAAGAGAUUAGCUGAAUCCAUUAGAGGCAUUUUCAUGGAACUAGAGAAUCUAAUCCGCCGUGAUCCAGCCAAAUCCGCCGUCCCCGGCGGUGGUCUUCACCCGAUCACCCGUUAUGUCAUGAAUUACCUCCGAGCGGCUUGUUCCCGACCAACACUAGAACAAGUUUUCGACGACAAUCUCGAUCCAUCUUUAUCAUCAUCAUCAUCUCCAUUAUCACUUCAAAUUUCUUGGAUCAUGGAGGUUUUAGAAACCAAUUUAGAAUCAAAAUCCAAGAUUUACAGAGAUCCAGCGUUAUCAUCUGUCUUCAUGAUGAACAAUGGCCGGUAUAUCGUCAAGAAAGCUAAAAACGACGAAUUAGGUUCUCUUCUCGGUGACGAUUGGAUCCGAAAACAAGCCGCAAAAGUUCGACAACAUCAUCUAAAUUACCAACGCACCUCAUGGCACAAGAUUCUCAACACUUUGAAGCUCGAUAACAGUAACUUAUCUUCGAAUCUUGCUUCAAGAUCUUUGAAAGAGAAGCUGAAACAGCUCAAUUCCCAAUUCGAAGAGAUCUUUAGAACUCAAUCGACAUGGGUCAUAGUCGAUGAACAAUUGAGAGAUGAAUUGAAGGGUUCGGUAGCUGGAAAUGUGGUUCCUGCUUAUAGAAAUUUUCUUGGGAGGUUUCAUAAUCUUCAAGAUAUUGGGAAAUAUGCAGAUAAACAUGUUAAGUUCGCGAUCGAAGACGUGGAGGCUCGGAUCGAUGGUCUGUUUCAGGGAACUGCGGUGGCGGGCGGUGGCCGGAAGUGAAACGGUGGCAAGUAAGUGAGGUGUUGAAUUGUGGUUGUAUAAUAUUGUGAUGUGUAUUUGUACAAUGUUUUAUUGUUAGUUUUAUGGAUUUUUUGUUCGAUAAAAUUGUGGCCAUUUGGUAACAAUUUAAUGGGCUGAUUGAUAAAGAUUUAGUUUUUGGUAACGGCUUAAUAGCUUGUAUGGCUUAUUCGGGAAGCU